GUCGAGUCGUGCCGAGUCGUACAAGUGGUUACGUGCCGCGCUGUAGCUGUCGAGUCCGGCAGUUGUGGCACAGGUGUCGAUCGCUUCGGAUGUCGUUUAGUCACCGGACAAUCACGGUUCUCGACCGCCGCUGCUGCGUUGCCCGAUCAGACCUGACCUGACCUAUCACUAAUUCUCUAAAGCCGACCAUACACGGUACUAUGGAGAGACCUGGACCGCCACCCCUCAUCGACAUGGAAUGGUGGCAUCACUUGGAGGAAAUCGAAUCCGACUCCGACUCCGAAUCCUCUAUCGACGAAUCCGACGAUGGGCUCGAAGAUGCUGGAGAAAACUCAGACCCCGAGGAAAUCAUCGUCGACCGGACGUAUCGAUUGCCACAAGGAUUGCGCGAAGAACUGAUUCCCGACGACGUUGAUGACGAAAAUGUUGGAAUUGAAAUCGGCAGGAGACGGCAUGACCGGCACGUACCAACGAGCCUAGUGUCCCGAGGAGACGACGAUCAAAGUUUCAAGCGCAGGACUUACGCAUUUCGGAAAUACCUCAGAUCAUUGGACACUACUCCUGAAAUGACGGAAGAAUUGUUUCAAGGAGGAUUCAGACCCCAAGUAAUAAUCGGCAUGAUGACGAAGCGUCGGAGAAUUUUCUACUUUGGUCAGUGGGUCAGAAAUUGUAGGCGUGAAACCUAUAUAUUAGAGGCUAGCGUAGUGAAAUGCAAUUACCCGAAUUUGGUGAUAGAUUUUCACCAACAAAUGAUACUCAAGAAAAAUAGAUUUGAGAAAAUAUGAAAAUAAACAUUUUAAUAUUAUGUAAACAUUAUUUUUUUAACUGUACUAUGUAAAUGCGAUGACGUUUUUUUUAAAUGGCCCUCAGCCACAAGUCAUUUGAAUGUGUGGGGGUUACGGUUUGGUUUUGGUAUAACACAUGUUGAUUCGUCGCCAAAGACCAUGGUCACCUAUUUAGCGAUGCCGUAUCACGCCAUAGUGAAUAUUGCAUCAACCAUUCCAAUUGCCCCUAUAAUAUAUUUUCAUAAAAUAAUUACCUAUUUUCUAU